UGCAAAUGGCAUUUCUAUUCUCUCAAAGGAUAAAGAAAGUCGUUGAAACUCGGAUGCUGACCUUCUCAUUUUCUGCUUCUUGACUUAUUUAGUUUCUCUUUUUUAUGACGAUGCCAAGCCUGAGACACGUUAACCAGUCCUUGGUCAUCCUGCUGAUGGCUCACGUCUUGCAUGCUGUUACUCUGGAGAAUAUCGACAGGCCAACACAGAAAAACACCACAAACUGUGUUCUCGGAGGCAAGAUCUACGAGGAGGGCGCUCGCUGGCAUCCCUUCCUGAGGCCUUUCGGACUUAUGAACUGUACCACGUGUUACUGUCUGGAGGGAGGUGAGGUAACGUGUUGGAGAGAGUCUUGCCCGAGUGUCCGCUGUAUGAAUCCCGUCACCAGGUCAGGGCAGUGCUGUCCAGUAUGCCCAGCGGACGAGGAUGAGGAAGAGGAUGACAUCAUUGAAGAGGAGAUGUCGAGUCUCGGCCUGAACAUCCGCCGCUCCUGUAAUCACUUCGGCAACAUCUACCGCGACGGGGAGCGCUUCUCCUCCAUCAGGACCGCCCUGCAUCCCACCAAGAAAAACCAGUGCGUUCUCUGCGUCUGCCUUGAUGGCAACGUGUACUGCCACCUGCGGACCUGCUUUGCACAUACUUGCUCCCAGAUGUUCAACGUGGAUGACGACUGCUGCCCGGUCUGUGCAGAUUGCGUGACCGACGAUCUCAUCUAUAAGAAUGGCUCAACCUGGCAUCCAGUGGUUGAAGGUGUAGGCAAGCUACCGUGCGUCACCUGCUCGUGUCUGAAUGGAGAGAUUUCUUGCAAGAAGAUAACGUGUCCCUCGGACACCAGUCUCGGAUGUGACAAUCCUGAUCAACUGCAGAAAGAAACAUGCUGCAAGACAUGUCUUACAGCUUCCAAUGCGACAACGUUCAGCGGCCGCCCUGAGAAUGAUCCCAGCAUCUUGGUGCCGACGGACUCGAGCAAGCGGCCAGUCGGGACCAACAACCGCAUCCUCCCCGGGACUCCUUCACCAACGACCCCGGGCAUGGCCUGCCUGCCAAAGGGCACAGAUACAUUCCUCCAUCAGUGGCAGAAUAAGACGUCUGUGGUAAUCGUAUUUGAGUUCAAGAUUACUGCGACGGUGUUUAGAUUUGAUGUCAUCAGAAACCGGGUGAUGGAAAUCAACUCUCUGUGCAUCUCGAAAGAUAAGCUGAACAAACUGCUGAGCGGACGGAGGGAAGCGACAAUGGUGGGGGCGACUACGAUCCGGCGGAUCGAGAAGUUCAAGCGACGAGUGAUGCGAUGGUUCCAGGAGUGCCAGCAGAAGAAAUGUCGGACACGGUCCAUCAGGCGCCUCAUCCGGGUCCUUCGGGCCAAGGACGCCAUCUAUAGGGAGCACUGCAUAUGAGGUGUGGAUUACAGUGUUGGGGGAGGCUCAGUUAGACAUACCAAAAGACAUUAUGGGAUAGAGGGACGUCAUCAGACGUAGUUUCUGUGUUGCUUCAGCAAUAGAGGCUUUCGGACAAUAUUAGCAUGGGAUUGACUUGGACUGUUGCGCUUGAGGAUAUCGAACCAUUCAUUCGUACGUGAGAUUUUGUUGUUUCUGUGCCACGGUACAAGAUUGACAUUACUUGCCAACGGACAUUUAGUGCAUGAGAUGGAAUAGACAAAUCAAGAGCCCUGUGGCGAAGAGCCAUAUAGGUUUUACAGGCGUGCGCCAGAGAUUAGCUUUUUAUAUUACAUUGUACUUGAUGUAAAACUGAUGUACAUAUCUUUGUUUUGUAUUUAAGUCUGAAUAUGCUUUGGGUAUUAAAUGCCUUCAUUAUUGUCAUGCAAUAAAUAGCUUCAUUUUGUUAA